AUGCUUAACUCCAACCCACUUCUCAUCUACCAACAACUAACCACUAUAAGCCACUCAAUCAGCCUAUCAUUACUGGCCACUGUAGGCCACGUGCCGUACCUGGCCCUAAUACCCGUUAUAAUACUCAGUGUACUUCACGACCAGUACAACCACAUCGCAUACCUACAGACAACUCACGAAACAGAGUACGACUACGUGAUCGUCGGUGCGGGCAGUGCCGGGUCAGUGAUGGCCGCCCGGCUUUCUGAAGACCCUUACGUAACAGUCCUCCUACUGGAGGCCGGGGGUCCGGAAACUACCCUCUCGGACAUACCAAUGAACGGGGUUAACCUGCAGACCGGGCCAAUGGACUGGUCAUUUCGGACACUACCCCAACGGCGGGCCUGUAAGGGAAUGGUAGGUCGGCAGGGGGUGUGGCCCCGGGGCAAAGCCAUGGGCGGCUCGUCAACCAUCAACUCCAUGGUGUAUAUGCGGGGCAAUCCGCGUGACUACGAUCUGUGGGCGGCGGCCGGUGCCCGGGGCUGGUCGUGGCCCGAAGUGUUUCCCUAUUUUGUCAAGUCCGAAGACAAUCGGGAUCCGGCACUGGUGGCCAGUGGGUAUCACGGCAGGGGCGGACCCCUAACGGUGACAACCCCGUCGGUGCCCCGCGUGAUAUCGCAAGCCUUUGCCAGUGCUGGCGCCCCGAUUGGGUACCCGUCCGGCGACCCGAACGGCCCCCGACAGUCCCGGUUUGCUAUACCGCAGACUACUAUACGAGAUGGUCAACGAUUGUCGGCAGCCAAGGCCUAUCUGGAACCACUGGCGGGCCGUAAGAAUUUGCAUGUGCUGACCAAAUCGUAUGUGACCAGGGUGCUGUUUGAUGGGGAUAAACGUGCGGUGGGUGUGGAGUUUGACCGUAUGUUUAAGAGGUAUACAGUGAAGGCCAGGAGGGAAGUGAUUGUGUCGGCCGGUGCUAUCAAUUCGCCAAAAAUACUCAUGCUAUCAGGUGAUAAUGAGUAUGGUAUAGGACCGGCGAAACACUUGAAAUCGCUGGGAAUACCUGUGCUGUCGGACCGGCCGGUGGGCGACAAUCUCCAGGAGCACUACUGCACAGGUAUGCCGUUUACGGUGAAUGAGUCAAUUGGCAUAGAUGUGCUCCGGGAGGCCACACCCGGCCAUAUACUCGAGUAUUUUGCUUACAAAAAUAAUUCACUAACAAACAACAUGGUUGAAGGCACGGCGUUUGUGUCCACCAAAUACACACUGCCCGGCGAUGAUUACCCCGAUGUACAGUUUUUUAUGCUAACAGCCACCCUGGCCAAUGACUACGGACUAUUAAUCCACCAUGUUCAGGGUAUUAUGCCGGCCGUAGUGUCGGGCAAUACAAACGCGCCGACGAUUAUGAUGGCCGAGAAGUGUGCCGACCAUAUCCGGGGCCGCAGAUUAAAGCCAUUUAGGCCCCCAAUGACACCGCAUACAUGA